GCUGUUUGAUAUCUUAACCGUGAGGAAUACUACCUAUCUCCUGGUGCUGGUGGAGGGGGAGGUCUUCAGAGGCAGACAGGUGGAUUUAUCCGUGUGGUGGUGUGCUUUUUGGGGGAUGGAGGUGAAAUUGAUGGAUUAAUUUGACGGAGGAGAGUCGUAUGUGAUUCCCACUCCUGCCGAGGGCAUCCGAAUGGAGUAACAGGCUGCAAUGUCAUCUCCACCUGGCCGCCUGGAGAGAUGUGUCACGGGAAUGGGAUCAAGUUUGAACACUUUUGCUCUGGUUUCACCGACGCUGUGAGAAGGAACCAAAAUGCCAGUAAGCGGACAGGUCACGGUGGCUGCCUGCACGGGCCCUCAGACCAUGGCAGUAAAACUCAACAUUCAUCGCACGGACUCCGAAGAAGAAGGCGCAAACCCUCAGCAAACCUGCAGCAGCCACGCGUUGUGACACCGAAGGGUAUGAUGGGUGUAGUGGGCUGGAUGUUGCUCCUACUCUCCCAGAUGAUGAUGCCUGUGGCGUCCCAGAAGCCUCCAGGUCUCAGUGUGGGUGUGAUCAUGGGCCAGACGCGCCACAUUUCUGAUCAGGAGCUCCGCCCACCUCGGCGCCCUGACGAUGCCCUUGACGUCAAUGUGGUGAUAUUGAGGAUCAACCAGACAGACCCAAAGUCUGUGAUUACACAGGUGUGUGAGCUUCUGACUCGCACUCGUCUCCAUGGCCUUGUGUUUGCCGAUGGUACCGAUCAGGAGGCCAUUGCCCAGAUCCUUGACUUCCUCUCCGUUCAGACGCAACUUCCAGUCCUGGGAGUCCACGGAGGCUCCUCUAUGAUUAUGGCUGACAAGGAUGAGAAGUCCACGUUCUUCCAGUUCGGCGCAGCUCUGCAGCAGGAGGCUCUGCUCAUGCUCGCCAUCAUGGAGGAGUAUGACUGGCAUGUUUUUUCUAUCGUAACUUCCAAGUUCCCCGGGUACCAGGAUUUCAUCAGCACUCUGAAGAUAACUGUGGAUCACAGCUUUGUGCGCUGGGACCUGCAGAGUGUGGUGACUCUAGAUGCUGUAGAUGGCGACCCAAACUCUAAAUCACACAUUGCCCUCAAGAGGAUCCAGAGUCCCGUUAUACUGCUGUACUGCUCCAAGGAUGAGGCUGUGUAUAUACUCGAGGAAGCUCGAUCCUUGGGCCUGAUAGGAGCUGGUUACAUUUGGAUUGUGUCCAGUCUCACCACUGGGAACCCAGACUUUACCCCUGAGAUGUUCCCCCUGGGUAUGAUCUCCGUGUCCUAUGACGACUGGGAGUACCCGUUGGACACGAGGGUGAGAGAUGGGGUGGGCAUCAUUUCCUCUGCAGCCACCGCCAUGCUGCGGGAGAAGGGGGAGCUGCCAGAGGCCCAGAGCAGCUGCUACAGCACAGCAUCAGACAGGAGCCCGGGGAAGCUCCCACCUAGCGCCUUGCGCAGACACAUGAUGCAUGUAUGGAAUGAUGGGCGCGACCUAUCCUUUACUCCAGAUGGUUACCAGGCCAACCCCAAAUUGGUUGUCAUCGUGCUGAAUAGUGAGAGGAAGUGGGAGAAGAUGGGCCGUUGGGAGAACGGGACGCUGGCGUUAAUGUUUCCAGUGUGGCCGAGGUAUAACUCCUACGGGGACGAGGAUGCAGAUGAGAAUCACCUCUCCAUUGUUACCCUGGAGGAGAAACCUUUUGUUAUUGUGGACAACGUGGACAUCCUCACUGGCACCUGCAUGAGAAACUCUGUACCCUGCCGCAAGCACGUCAAAGAUAACAGCACAUCAGGAGGUUCUUACAUUAAGCAGUGCUGCAAGGGUUUCUGCAUUGACAUUCUGAAGAAGAUAGCGAGGAACGUCAAGUUCACGUAUGACCUCUACCUGGUCACGAAUGGAAAACACGGCAAGAAGAUCAACAAUGUGUGGAACGGCAUGGUUGGAGAGGUGGUGUAUAAGAAGGCGGUGAUGGCGGUCGGCUCAUUGACCAUCAACGAGGAGAGGUCAGAGGUCAUUGACUUCUCCGUGCCCUUUGUGGAGACUGGCAUCAGCGUCAUGGUGUCACGUAGCAAUGGGACCGUCUCUCCGUCUGCCUUCCUCGAGCCCUUCAGUGCAUCAGUUUGGGUGAUGAUGUUUGUGAUGCUGCUCAUUGUCACAGCCAUCGCUGUCUUCCUCUUUGAGUUUGUCAGUCCGCUGGGCUUCAACCGCAACUUGGCCCAAGGCAAAGACCCACAUGGUCCGUCAUUCACCAUCGGUAAGGCCAUAUGGCUGCUGUGGGGUCUGGUGUUCAACAACUCCGUACCCGUGCAGAACCCAAAGGGCACCACCAGUAAGUUCAUCGUCUCGGUGUGGGCCUUCUUUGCCGUCAUCUUCUUGGCCUCCUACACUGCCAACCUGGCCGCCUUUAUGAUCCAGGAAGAGUUUGUGGACCAAGUCACUGGACUGUCUGACAAGAAGUUCCAGAGUCCGUACUCCUAUUCCCCUCCGUUUCGCUUCGGGACAGUUCCUAACGGCAGCACCGAGCGCAACAUCAGGAAGAACUAUCCAGAUAUGCAUCAGUACAUGACCAAAUACCAUCAGACUGGCGUCAUGGAUGCGCUGGUCAGCCUCAAGACUGGAAAGCUGGAUGCUUUCAUUUACGACGCUGCGGUGCUGAACUACAUGGCGGGCCGAGACGACGGCUGUAAGCUGGUCACCAUCGGCAGCGGUUACAUCUUUGCCACCACAGGUUAUGGUAUCGCCCUGCAGAAAGGAUCCUACUGGAAACGCCUGGUUGAUCUCGCCAUACUGGGCAUCAUAGGAGAUGGUGAGAUGGAGGAGCUGGAGGCCCAGUGGCUGACUGGGAUCUGCCACAAUGAGAAAAAUGAGGUCAUGUCCAGUCAGCUGGACAUAGACAAUAUGGCGGGAGUCUUCUACAUGCUGGCCACAGCCAUGGGUCUCUCUAUCCUCACCUUCAUCUCUGAGCACCUUUUCUACUGGAGGCUGAGAUACUGCUUCACUGGUGUCUGCACUGGGAGGCCGGGUCUGCUCUUCACCAUCAGCAGGGGUAUAUGGAGCUGUAUCCAUGGUGUUCAUAUAGACAUGAAGAAAAAGAAUCCUGAGCUGGACUUUAGUCCUCAAGCCAACAUGCUGCAUCUGCUCAAGUCUGCCAAGUCCAUGGCUUUGUCUUCUCCCAAACGCAACACUGUUCUCUUGCAGCCCAGCAUCCUAGAUGUAAUGACUGGAAAAGGUAACUCACUCCAUAGUCUGCCCCCGAAGGGUCCUGGUCUCUAUAGCAACGCUGCUGGUCCGCACAGUUUCUUGUCAUUGUCCGGACGACACAAAAACCUCCUUAACAAUGCUGCACCAUUUCCAGUGCAACCAAAAGCCCCUCCUCUUCAGACCAGCCCCAACAAGCCUCAGCUGUCAAUCACCAACGACAACGGCAAGACCCGCCUCGCCGGGCCGGGCCUCGCUGCUGUUCCACAGGGCUCCAAACCUCGAGCCCUGUGGAAGAAAAGUGUGGAGACAUUGAAGACCCAGCCGUCUGUCGUAUCCCCCGGCCCGAGCCCCACCCCAGCAUCUGGACCUGGACCUCCACCGAUGAAGAGCCAGCGGUACCUGCCUGAAGAGCCGCCCCACUCUGACAUCUCAGAGUGCUCCAGCCGGCCGCCAUCACACAAAGAUUCUGAUUCCAUGGCGGCGAGGGGCGGAUUCAAGCCGAUCAAUCAGCUGAGGAAGAGGGGGGGGGAGGAGGAGGUGGUGGUGGAGGAGGAGGAGGGAGGAGGAGGAGGAGGGGGAGGUGGUGGAGGCGGAGGGUCCAAGAUCUACUCCAUUGACUCAGACCAGGCCAGUCUCCAGUCGGCUCCCCCCUACCAGCGAGACAGCCAGGGGGGAGGUGACGACAACAUCCCCCCUGACCUGUUUCCACCUAACAGCACAUACUCACACACUCACUCGCUCUCCCACCAGACGGACGCACCCAUUUUGCAGCUGAGUGCCACCCUGCUGCACCACAGUCACAGCGCAGAGGCCGACCUGCACUCCCUGAAGGACAAGAAAUACAGCACCUACACACACAGCAGUGUGAAGGACAAAGCUGGAGGUUCGUUCGAUGCUCCGGGUGCAGGACAGGGAACGCAAAGCGCCAGGCCCGGCCACUGUCGCUCCUGCCUCACCAAGCUGAGCGGCUACUCUGGCCUUUACACCGUCCGCUCGCCGCAGGCUCGCUGCGACGCCUGCGCCCACCUGGGAAACCUGUACGACAUCAGCGAAGACCACCUGCACUCGCACUACACCCACACACACACUCACCCACACAGCGGGGACAUGUUUACACACUACCUUCCCCAGAGCGAGCUGGGCAUGGUGGGCGAAGGGGACGGGCUAGUCAGCCACUUCGAGCCCUCCCCUUCCUCUCCGUCUCCUCUCCCCACCCCCUCGUCGGCCCAGCACCUUCAGCUGAGUCGUCAGCACUCCUACGAGAACGUGCUUCCGGACGGCGUUCCUGAGCGGCAGACGCAGCUGCACACCCACCUGCGGGGGCUGAGCCUGCCUGACAGAGAUAGGGAUAGAGAGCUGACCCUGGACGAGGGCGCCUAUGCUAAUGUUCUCACAAUGCGCUCUGAUCGUCCGUUUAGCAGCCGCAGCCCGCCUUCUCCGUCGCCCUCCCACCACCACAGUCUGGACGCGCCUAUGCCCCUCCCCCGACGCUCAAAAAGCCUCUUCCCCGACCGCCCGUCCCACAACCCUUUCCUCCAGUCAGCUCCUGGCACAACACAACGAGAUCCCUCCCCGCAGGCUGUCACACGCAUGCCGCAGAGAAGUUCUGCCCACGAGCUCUAUAAGCAGCGAAUGCCUCUGUCGCUUACCCUCGGCAACCAUGGCAACCAUCACAGCAACCAGCAUGGUGGCCUUGUUGACCAACAGGUGUUCUACCCUCAGCAGGAGCCCCCCGUGGUGGCCUACAUGGUCCCGCCGGCCGCCUCUCAGCCAAUGAGCUAUGUGACAGCGCCGCGAGCCUCGAGCGCAGGCGGCAACAGGCCCCGGCUCUACCGCCGCAUGCCCAGCAUCGAGUCUGACGUCUGAGAGUCACACGCAACACACUUACUCUCACCGAAACAUACUAACACACACGCAUGCAAGACAGAGGUGUGUGUGACCGGACCAGGCAGCUCUGAUUCUAAGCACAUACACAGAAAAACACACACGCACACGCAGACACACACGCAGGUGGAAGACGGGAAGGUCUGCUCCGGACUAAAAGGUUAAUGGUGAU